CAACGAAUGUAUCAUCAAUAAUGGCGGCUGUAGUCAUCAGUGCUUCAACAUACCUGGAACAUUUUACUGCGGAUGUCCUAAAGGAUUAACGAUGGGGAGAAACAAUUUGACCUGUGUUGACCGAGCUGCAAGGGUUACGUGUGGGGAGAACAGUAUGAUGGUCUCUCUUGGAAAGGAAAGAUUCCACUACUUUACAGUCAAUCAACUACGCUUGCGCUAUGCCUCAUGCAAAGCCACCGAGAAUUCCACCCACUUCUUGAUCAGCACCUCUUUAGAUAGUUGUGGGACUCAGCGAAACGAAACCGAAGACUACUUAAUCUUUUGGAAUGAGGUCCUGGCCGACGCCCUGAUAAUCGAUGGUGUGGUUACUCGUUCACAUGAUAUAAAAAUGCCAUUUUACUGCCGAUACUCCAGAAAGAAGUUAAUGAGUCUGGCCUUCACACCUCAGAGGAUUUACUUCGGGAAUGAAACGGGAUAUGGUUCGUUCACCUUCAACUUGGACUUCUACGGGAAUUCGUCAUUUGCCACGCCCUUAACGGAGCAAGACUACCCUCUAUCACUGGCUCUGAAUGAAUUUGUUUAUUUACAGUACAGUGUGGCGUCCACAGCUGACCUAGUCAUCAUGGCUGAGAACUGUAAGGCGACUAAAGACGCAAGCUUCUAUUCGUGGCCGCAAUACACCUUCCUACAAAAUGGAUGCCCCACAGAUUCAACGCUUGAAUACAAUUAUAGUCCAACACGACACUACCAACAGUUUAAAAUCAGAACGCACAGAUUUUGGAACGACUACGAUAUAGUGUACUUCCAUUGUGAGCUACUGGCCUGUCAUCAUAAUUCUCCGGAUUCCAGGUGCAGUAAGGGCUGUAUAAAGAACAAGAGAAAGAGAAGAGAAGUGACAAGAGAUGUUGGAGACCAAGAGGAAAGUACAAACAAAAUCAUUCUUACAGGUGGACCUGUAGUGUUCGAGGUGGCAAAAGAAGACAAACCACUCGAUCACCAGCCAAGUCAAAGUAAACAAACAGCUCUGAUCGGUGGUGUGGCAGGCGCUGGAGGAUUUGGUCUGGUCGCAAUUGUAGCUCUGGUUGUUUUGUUAGUCAAGUUCCGUAGGAUGCAGCGGUUACAAAACAGCAAGAAUGACGAGAGAGCUGGAUACACCAUCCUGCUUACACAAGUGAAAGGAAAACAAAGCAGUGUUUAAAACGAUUACAGUGUUAAAUGACUAAUGGUAGCUUCAAUUGUUUGCUAAAUUGCCUCUGUGUAGCUUGGAUGUUUUGAAUUUAUAGCCUAUUUGUCACUUUUCAGAGGGAACAUAUUUGUUUGCGUAUUUCCAUAUUGUAGAGUGCGUGAAAACGAACAUUGGUUUCACCUAGGGCUCAUCGUUAUUUCGAAGGUGUCCUACAGACGCUUAGCAAGUAUAGCAGUAUGUAUUAGUCAAACCUUUUAAUUUUGAGCAUAUACAGAGAUCAUAUAUAAUCGGCUAUCAGUAAUAGUACUCAUAAUAACUUUUCCAAAGUUUUUUUGUAUGUCUAACAUGGUUUUGUUAACAUUGUUAAAGUAGAGAAAUGAUAUACCGCUCUGCUGCAAUUUUGCAAAAACUCUCGCCUGGUCUUCAUGAUUAUAUGCACCCAAUUACUUGAG